AUGCUGGAGCGAGGUUUGAAGUCCGAGGCCGGGGACGCAGAUACUAGUCCCAAUGGCAAGAGCUCAGUAACCAGAGGAGGAGCUCCCCACCAGGGCCCGCCGCAGACGCUCAGCCACUCGCCUCCCGGGCCCGCCGCGUCUGGGGGAGCUCCUUCCCGGCCCCGCCGGCGCCCCCCGCCCCAGCGCCCGCACCGCUGUCCUGACUGUGACAAGGCCUUCUCGUACCCAUCCAAGCUGGCCACGCACCGGUUAGCGCACGGCGGCACCCGACCUCACCCGUGCCCCGACUGCCCCAAGGCCUUCUCGUACCCGUCCAAGCUGGCAGCACACCGCCUCACGCACAGCGGCGCCCGCCCGCACUCAUGUCCGCACUGCCCGAAGGCCUUUGGCCACCGCUCCAAGCUGGCGGCCCACCUCUGGACCCACGCGCCCGCCCGCCCCCACCCGUGCCCCGACUGCCCCAAGUCCUUCUGCUACCCCUCCAAGCUGGCGGCCCAUCGCCACACGCACCACGCCACCGACGCCCGCCCCUAUCCUUGCCCGCAUUGCCCCAAAGCUUUCUCAUUUCCCUCCAAACUGGCUGCCCAUCGCCUGUGUCACGACCCUCCCACCGCGCCGGGCAGCCAGGCCACCGGCCGGCACCGAUGCGCCAGCUGCGGCCAGGCCUUUGGCCAGAGACGUCUCCUGCUUGUCCAUCAACGCGGCCACCACCAGGCGGAGAGCCAGGGAGAGAGAGAGUGAACCCGCCCACAGGCUCACGGGCGCCCUCUGCCGCCAGCUCUGGUCAAUAAAGAGGUGGCAUUUCUAAACCCGGUUGUAUGAAUGGAUUCGCCCUCUCCAGAUAGCUGGGUGGGAGAGGGAUCGGCCAUUUGUACGGGGCUGGAGUUUAGAAGGCUGAGGAACUCCGCU